GCUUUUCCCGCCUCCGCCGGGGCAGAGCUGCGAGCCGGGUGACAGUUGAGGAUGGCCGGAGCAGAGGGCUCCGCUGGGCGGCAUUCGGAGCUGGAGCCUGUGGUAUCGUUGGUCGACGUCCUUGAGGAGGACGAGGAACUGGAGAAUGAGGCGUGCGCUGUGCUGGGCGGCAGCGACUCCGAGAAGUGCUCCUAUUCGCAGGGCUCAGUAAAGAGACAAGCACUAUAUGCCUGUAGUACGUGCACCCCAGAGGGAGAAGAACCAGCUGGGAUUUGCCUAGCUUGCAGUUACGAAUGCCAUGGAAGUCAUAAACUUUUUGAGCUAUAUACGAAAAGAAAUUUUCGUUGUGAUUGUGGAAACAGCAAGUUUAAAAAUUUGGAAUGCAAACUAUUUCCUGAUAAAGCAAAGGUAAAUUCAGGCAAUAAGUACAAUGACAACUUUUUUGGACUGUACUGCGUUUGCAAGAGACCUUAUCCUGAUCCUGAAGAUGAGAUUCCAGAUGAAAUGAUCCAGUGUGUAGUCUGUGAAGACUGGUUCCAUGGAAGGCAUCUUGGUGCCACUCCCCCUGAGAGUGGGGAUUUCCAAGAGAUGGUGUGCCAAGCUUGUAUGAAACGCUGUUCUUUCUUGUGGACUUACGCUGCACAAUUGGCAGUAACCAAAGUAUCUGCUGAGGAUGAGGGGUUGCUGCUGAAUGUGGAUGGAAAAGGUGAUCAGGAAGUCAUCAAAACUGAAAAUGGAGAUCAUCAAGACAGUAUCCUCAAAGAGGAUGUCCCAGAAAGUGGAAAAGAUGCUGUGAAGGACAUUAAAGUAGAGCAAACGAACGAACCAUGUACCAGCUCCAGUUCUGAGUCUGCUCUCCAGACAGCGUUUAAGAAUCAGAGUCUCGACUCAGAAUCGCAAUCCAGCUGCAAAUUUCAAGAAUUUAAAGCUAAGCAGUUUAUAAAGAAAGACACUGCCACCUAUUGGCCCCUGAACUGGCGUAGCAAGUUAUGUACCUGCAAAGACUGUAUGAAAAUGUAUGGAGAUCUCGAUGUCCUGUUCCUGACAGAUGAGUAUGACACCGUUUUGGCUUAUGAAAACAAAGGCAAGAUUGACCAGGCAACUGAUAGGCGAGACCCUUUAAUGGAUACCCUAAACAGGAUGAAUAGAGUCCAGCAAGUGGAACUGAUUUGUGAAUACAAUGAUUUGAAGACUGAACUUAAAGACUAUCUCAAGAGAUUUGCUGAUGAUGGCACGGUUGUGAAGAGAGAGGACAUUCAGCAGUUCUUUGAAGAAUUUCAGUCAAAAAAGAGAAGAAGAGUGGAUGGGAUGCAGUAUUACUGCAGCUAGAAGGCAAGAUGGAGCCUUGCCUCUCAGGCCAAUGAAAAUGCCACUUGCUGUUCUAGGAAUAAAAGAGGCAUCUUUCACAGUCGAUCCCCUUUCCAUCCUCCUCUCUUUCCAGAGGCCGCCUCCUCUGGCCUCGUGCUUUCCCAUUCUCCUUAACUACAGUAGCCACAGUGUGUAUGCUGAUUUCAUAACCAGCAUUCUUCUUUACGACUCAGCUAAAUGCAACUCAUUCCACAGACUUCAGCCCUCUACUUGAUAUACCCAGGGUGAUUUGCUUUUCAGUUUUAAGAAGUUUGAUUUGGUUUUGAGAAAGCAAAUUGGUUUCUUCCUUAACGAUUUGUUCUUUAACUCCUUAAUGUGUCUCCUUUGCCACAGAGCCAUUGUAUUCCAGGAGCUGCUCUGUAGGGCAUCGCAGAAGGUUCUCUUCCAGUUGGGUGGAACCUUACAGGCCCCUCACCCCUAUGAUCAUGGUGCCUUGGGUCAAAGCUUCCUUGAGCCUGGUCCGCUCCUUCUCCCACAUCCCUGCUGUUUUGAGGGUUGACCAUGGCAUAGAAGGGAUCUUGGGAGUGAUUUCUUCUGGUCUUAACCCCCGGGGUGGCCAGGACUGAUGGUUUUUUGGCCUGGACUGUCUCAGGCAGGGAGAUUGGAUAAUGCCAGAGCCGAGGAAGCAACCUUUGUUACGAACUUUACUAGUAAAUUUAAAGUGGGAUUUUCAUUCACAAUUCUCCUGGCACUAGAAUAUUAGAACUUCAGUACUCUAGUGCUCAGAGGACUUCCGGGAGGAAUGGAGCAGUGCACUGUCCCUUUCCUGCUGCCUCGUACAACAGACCGGGUACCAGCCCUGUGAGAUCUUGGCCGUUUACAGAGCCCUUUGAUUUUUUAUAUUAUCAGGGAUAUUCAUAAGCAAAAGCAUGUACUGAAAACAGACCUAUUUUGAUAUUGUUUCUGUUAUGAAAAUGUUAUUAAAACCGAAGUAAAUUAUUUUUCCCCCUUAAAUCUGUGCUGAAGAAAAAAAUGAUACUGACUUAGCUGACUUGUAGUGAGCAGGGCAGUCAUCGCUGUGUUUUGAAAGAGGCAGACUCUCUGGAAGAGAUUCCAAGCAAGGCUGUAGGCCACACGAAUGAUGGGUUUUCUGUAUAUAAACUUUAACGUCCACAGCUGGUUCCCUAAUGACUAUGAGAUCUUCAUUUGAAGCUCCUCAUGGAAUGUUAUAUAAAACCCCAUAUUUGAAGGGAAAUCCUUCAAAUGGAAUCCCUUUAAAGCCCCUCAGUCUAUGUGGAAAACACCUUUUGAUAAGUAUAGAGCCCUCAGUUGCUCUCCCUCUGGAGGAAUGAGGUCUUUCUUACAGUAGGUGACACACUGAGGUAUGUUACCACAAGCGUGAGGUGUUGGGGCUACAUGUGUAUGCUAAUAUCCCUUUGCGUGUCCACCAGUCAAUGUGUAUAUGAGCGGCCGCCAAUCCCUGGGUGAGAGGAACGAGGCCUACAAAAAGCCAAGGCCUCAAAGGAAUGGUACAACGGUACACCUGCUAUUUCCUGGGUUAAACCUCGUAGUGGCGGACCCUCCUGGAGAGGGCUGGGUGGAGCCGGAAGUCUCAUGGCUGCCGGAGACGCUGGUGUGCCCUGAGCUGGCCUUAUAGAGAAGGCUAGGUUAAAAAGCUCAGGGUGUUUGAGGUUGUUUACAAUCAGUGGCUUGGAAACGUUUUCCCAAGUCUGAGGAUUUUUGUACCCCUUCUGCAAGGUUGCAGUAUUUGUGUACCACUGUGGCCUGCAAGUUUAUACCUUCUCAGAUGUCUGACUUAACUACCAGAAAGUUCCUUACUUCUGUGACAGGUCGGGACCGCGUCUUGGAGGUGACGCUUGUCUGUGCAGCACAGUAAUGCAGAUCACCCAGUGCCGAAGGGCUUGUUGUCUGAAAGGUACUCUUCCUUUUACGUUAACCGGAAAACCUCUUUUUUACCUGUUGUUCACAACUAGUUUUCUUACUGACUGUAUUCAACUGUCUCUUCUUGUAGAGACUGAUUUUGGCCAAGACGUGGCAUUUGACAUUAAUGCAUGUUUUCUGCAAAACAAGAAUAUAUUAGUUGCUUUUAAGGAAUUCUGGCAUCGUAUGUGCGUUUUUGUAGAAAUUGUUACUGGACUUAAAACUACAUAAUUAACUAUAAUCAGGUUUCUGUAAAAAUUUAAAUAAAACCAAUUUAAAAUA